AUUCGGGUUCUUCAUCUUCUAUGAGGUAUUUUCCUACCGGUAUUGAUCAAGCGAUGCAUACUUUUACACUAUCUUCUCCGGAUGAGCAAAUUUUAUAUGGACAACGGUGCUACUUCUCACAUGACACAUUCCCAAGGAUUUGGACACAGGGAGCAUCAUUCUGAGAUCUAAUAGCACUGGUGAUCUUUAUCCAUUCAAAUCGACACAUGGAGCAACCUCUACACCUUCAUCUGCUUUUUCAGCUUUGUCUUCUAGUAUUUGGCAUUCUCGCUUGGGUCAUCCGGGCAAAGGAGUUUUAUAUUCUUUGUUUUCCUCUAGUUUGAUAAAAUGUAAUAAAAAUCCUUCUUUUAUUUGUCAUUCAUGUCCUUUAGGGAAACAUGUUAGACUCUCCUUUACUAAUUCUAUUUCUGUUAGUUCUCGUUCUUUUGAAAUAAUACAUAGUGAUUUAUGGACAUCUCCUGUUUCAAGUCCGUCUGGAUACAAAUAUUAUGUUUUAUUUCUUGAUAAUUACACAAAUUUCUUGUAGGCUUUUCCUUUAUUUUGUAAAUCUCAAGUUUAUAAAAUAUUUGUCAAUUUUAGUAAUCUUGUCCAAACACAAUUCAAUCUUCAUAUUAAAUCUUUUCAAUGUGAUUAUGAGAGUGAAUUUGAUAAUAAAUUAUUUCAUAUAUUUUGUGUUAAUCGGGGUAUCAUUUUUCGUUUUUCUUAUCCUCAUACUUCUUCUCAAAAUGGCAAAUCGGAACGAAAAAUUCGCUCAAUCAAUAAUAUUAUUCGUACUUUGUUAUGCCAUGCAUCUCUUCCUCCUUUUUGGCCUCACGCCUUAGAUACCGCUACAUAUCUCCUUAACAUUCUUCCAUCUAAGUUGCUUAGAAAUCUCACUCCGACUCAUUUUCUUUAUCACAAAACUCCUUCAUAUGAUCAUCUUAGAGUUUUUGGUUGUUUAUGCUUUCCUUUAUUUCCCUCUAAUACUAUUCACAAAUUACAACCUCGCUCCACUCCGUGUGUCUUUUUGGGAUACCCGUCGUCUCAUCGUCGUUACAAGUACUAUGAUCUCUUCACAAUAAAAUAAUUCUUUCUCGUCAUGUUCUUUUUGACGAAGCAACUUUUCCCUUUUCUCCCUCUCCUCGUCCCACACAUAACUAUGAUUUUCUUGAUGACCAUUCUCCUUUGGUCAUUUUAACAGAAACCGAAACCCCUCCGAUCCCUGAUCCAAUUAUCCUCAGCCCACCUCCUCCCAGCCCACCCGCCAUUACUUCUCCCUUUCACGGGCCUUUACAAAUCCCAGAACCUAUCUCCUAAACACAAACCAGCCUAACCAUUCCCCUCCCUGUGCGCCAAAUCCAAAUCCCCCCUUCCCCUCAUCAUCUGGGCCUGUCAGCUGCUCAUUGCUUCACCCAACAGCUUCCACUGGGCCUGCCUCACGCGGGCCAGUUUCACAUAACCUUCAUCAUAGUCCCAUUCCCUAUCAACCUCCUUCUCUUUGAUUUUCCUCUAACCCCGGCAUGACUACGCGUAGUUAACAUGGUAUUUUCAAACCCAACCCCAAAUAUUCUCAAGCCUUAUCUGUUACCACCAUUUCUUCCAUACCUAAAAACCCUAUACAGGCUCUUCGUGACCCCAACUGGAAACAAACUAUGUAAGAGGAAUAUGAUGCUUUGAGAAUCGUACUCGGGAUCUUAUACCUCGUCCAGCUAAUGCUAAUGUGAUACGCUCUUUGUGGAUUUUUCGUCUUAAAACUAAAUUUGAUGGGUCUUUUGAGCGCUAUAAGGCGCGCCUUGUUGGGGAUGGAAAGUCUCAACAGGAAGGUGUUGAUUGUGAUGAAACUUUUAGUCUUGUGGUCAAGCCUGCUUCUAUUCGUCUAGUUUUGAGUAUUGCUAUCUCUAAGUCUUGGUCUAUUCAUCAGCUUGAUGUUAAAAAUGCUUUUCUCCAUGAUCAUUUGUCUGAGACUGCUUAUAUGCAUCAACCUUUGGGUUUUCGCGACCCUGCACACCCUGAUUAUGUUUGUCUUCUCCGAAAAUCUUUGUAUGGACUCAAACCGGCUUCCCGUGCUUGGUAUCAAAGAUUUGCUGACUUUGUUACCACUAUUGGUUUUCGUAAUAACAUUUGUGAUAAUUCUUUAUUUGUCUAUUCACAUGGGUCGCAUCUUGCUUAUCUCCUUCUGUAUGUUGAUGAUAUUAUUCUCACUGCUUCAUCUGAUUCUCUUCGUCAGUUUAUCAUGACUAAGCUGAGCUCAGAGUUUGCCAUGAAGGACUUAGGUCCUCUUAGUUAUGCUUUGGGUAUUGCUGUUUCUCGCACUUCUGCAGGUCUUUUUCUCUCUCAACGUAAGUAUGCCACUGAGAUACUUGAGAAAGCCGAUAUAUCUGAUUGUAAACGUGCUCCCACUCCUGUUGCUACGACCAGCAAACUCAGCACUGACUCUGGUUCUCCUUGCGACAAUCCUACCUUGUAUCGUUGCUUAGCCGGUGCUUUACAGUAUCUUACUUUCACUCGACCGGACAUUUCGUAUGCUGUUCAACAAGUCUGUCUCUUUAUGCAUGAGCCUAGCGUUGAACACAUGGCUGUUCUCCAUCGUAUUCUUCGUUAUGUUCGCGGUACUAUUGAUCAUGGUUUGCAACUUUACAAGUCCUUGAUUUCAUCUCUUUGGUCUUAUACAGAUGCUGAUUGGGGUGGUUGUCGUGAUACUCGUCGCUUGACAUCCGAUUAUUGUGUAUUUUUGGGUGACAACUUAGUCUCUUGGUCCUCUGAGCGUCAACCCACAGCUUCUAAGUCCAAUGUUGAGGCUGAGUAUCAUGGUGUUGCUAAUGUUGUUUUCGAAACCUGUUGGAUUCGUAAUUUACUUCUCGAGCUACAUUGUCUUAUUCCUACUGCUACUCUUGUGUAUUGUGAUAAUGUUAGUGCAGUUUACCUUUUCGGCAACCCGGUUAAUCAUAAACGCACUAAACACAUUGAGAUGAAUAUUCAUUUUGUUCGUGAAAAGUUCAAACGUGGUGAUGUUCGGAUUCUUCAUGUACCUUCUCAUUAUCAAAUUGCAGAUAUAUUCACCAAAGGCCUUCCUAAAAUUCUUUUUGAUGAUUUUCGUUUCAGUCUCAGCGUUCGCAGUCUUAGCGUUCGCAAGCCUCUCGAUUCGACUGUGGGUGUGUCAUAG